CGAAAAACCACAACAAUCACCAUCGGCCGCGGAUGUCUCCAAAAUAUAAAUAAAAAAUUUAAUAAAAUUUAAAUAAACUCGCAACGCAUGAAGUGCUUCGAAUUCAAUUUUUAAAGGACAACAACAAUUGCAGGCAUCCAUCGUCCCCCACCUCCCCACUUCCAUCCAUCCAGCCGCCAGCGAGUGCCGUCGGCUUUUCGCCAACGAUUUGCAAUUUUCCAUUUUCGUUUUCGUUUGGCAAUUGCCAGGCCAAGGACUCCGCUAAUGGCUAUAGAGACAGCGAGCUGAGCUCCAACGGGAGCAGCUGGACGAAGGACGACCACAUCUGGUAGUUGCGCCUUACAGCUUACAGCAUCAACAGCGCCCAUGUGUAGAAUUGGACCAACCAAGGGGCAACGUUUGUGAGGGGCGACCAGCGGCUCCAGAGGAUAAUGUGUUCAAUCUUUCGUAACCGCAUUAAUUACCGUGGCACGCGUGGCACUUCGAAUGGCGUCGGUGGUGCGGGAAGCGCCUCUGGCCUACUGGACAAAGAACUGGACGCAGACAGCAACAAUAAUGGCAGCUCGGCGGAUGAGUUAGCUGAGAACAGAGUGGGUCGAGACCUGGGAUCAGGAUGCGAGAGCGAUGAGCAGGCUGGAAACGGCACGGAAAGAGAACGGGAUCAGCAGAUGGGAACGGAGGGCGCAUCCUCUGACCACAGCAGGGUGGGUUUUGAGGAGGAGACUGACAACAGUAAUGAGGCCCUGGAUCUAUCCUUGAUAUCCGGAAACAGACUGCCCACAACUGGACAUGUGGCACUAGAAGCUUUACAACAUACCAAAGUGGCAGUGGCGCAAUUUGCCGCCUCUGCGCUGGCCAACAGCCAACAGUACUACGAGGAGGCGGGUGGCGGCUCUGCACCUGGCAGCGCCGGUGAGCUGGCCAUGAUGCAGUCGACAAUCUUCAAUGUGCAGAGACAGCAUCUGAUGCAACUGCAGCUCAUUCAUCACCUACAGAGUCAAUUGAAGCGGGCGGGUGGUGUGGUGGCAGCACUCAGCAGCAGGCCAGAUGCGGAGGGAUUGGACAAUGUUGAGGGUGACGUGCCUGAGAAUAGAGAACCCACUGUUGACUCCCAACAAGAGCCUGCCCGUGCUAAAUCAUCAGCGGCGGAAAAACGCUUAAACGGCGAGCUGGCAGAGAGUGCUGCUGAGGGAGCGGAGAACAUAAAGACUGAUAAUGACGAGGAGGAGCCGGAGACUGGAACACAAGUAGAAGCGGAGCAAGAACUAAACAAGGUAGUGGCAAACAAUGCUGCUGAAGAGGCGGCGUCGAACUAUCGCCCACUGAGUCAUUGCGACAUCAGUUCUAGCCUAGCCUCGAGCAUCAUAACGAACCAUGAUCCCCCGCCACUGCCCAAUGAGCCUAAUUGCCUGGAAAUGCUGCAGCGGCGCACCGAAGAGGUGCUAGACUCCGCCUCCCAAAGCCUUCAUGCCUCGCAGGAGGAAUACGAGUUCGCUUCGAAAGAUGCGCAGGGACGUGGCGAGAUCUUCAAGCAUCGCUGCAAGUACUGUGGGAAGAUAUUCGGCAGCUAUUCCGCUCUGCAGAUCCACCUGCGGUCGCAUACUGGCGAGAGACCUUUUCAUUGCAAUGUCUGCGGCAGCAAAUUCACAACUAAAGGCAACCUGAAGGUCCAUUACCAACGGCACACGCAGAUAUUCCCGCCCAUACUUCUGCCGCCGUGUGCCAAUGGAGUGCCAUCCGCAGUUGAGCAGCUGGGUACUUAUUUGCCCGGUGCAAGCAACGGGCCGCCUCCCACACCAAUGCGCCUAUCUUUUGUGCGGCCAACUCCACCACUACCAGAGCCGCCAGCAAAGGAUCAGAUACGUCCUGAGGAAGUGUCGUGCGGCGCAUCAGAGAAAGAAGCAAGCAUCACCAAAGAGCUGGCAGAGCACGCCGAAGAUCUGAGCAAGCCUAUCACUGCUCCCACCAGAGGAAACUCGCCUGAAGAUUAUUCAAAGACCUCUAAGGAGAGCGCACUGGAGCCUGUCCCCGAAAAGCCGGAAAAGCGAAUAACUUCCCCGGCAACAAAGCGCAAUGGCAGUGUGAGGAAGCGUCACACGAGCAGUGGCAGUACACCCGGUGAUGCAAAAAAAACAACAUCACAAGGACUAAAUCAGGAAAUAGAUGGUCGUGAGCAUGUCGAGCAGAUCGCAAAGAUGGUACGUCGAUCAUCAGCCAGUCGGAGCUCCGGUUCAGCUAGUUUUGACCCGCUGCCUGCGGAGUUCUCACUCAGCCAAAUGGAGCGCAUCAUCGACAAGUCCUGGGAGGACCUCAUCGAGAUUGACAAGACGUCGGAGACAUCGAAGCUGCAACAGCUCGUCGACAACAUAGAAAACAAACUAACCGACCCAAAUCAGUGCAUAUUCUGCCAGAAGGUAAUGUCCUGUCGCAGCUCAUUGCAAAUGCAUAUACGUACGCACACUGGAGAACGGCCCUUUCGCUGCAAGAUUUGUGGCCGCGCAUUCGCCACUAAAGGAAAUCUGAAGGCUCACAUGAGCAUCCACAAGAUCAAGCCACCCAUGCGCAGCCAAUUCAAGUGUCCGGUCUGUCAUCAGAAGUUCUCCAACGGCAUCAUCUUACAGCAGCACAUACGCAUCCAUACCAUGGACGAUGGGAGUGGAGGUCCAGGAGUUGCCCCCGGCACCCUAGACGUCUCCGAACAGAUGCAGGCGCAGCGUUUACGGAACGCGCAGCACAUGGAAAUGGGCAUAGAGGAUCAGAACUCUAACAAGUCAUUGGGAACCUCAGACACUCUCGAUUUCUCUAUUAUCUCGGACAACUCAGGACAACGCUCGGAAUCAUCGCAGGGCGAGUUCGAUGAUUUCAUGACGAUGGACAGCACCGACGACUCGCGCGAUAAUUCAAGCACUGCUAACUCUACGCCGCUGGAUAAGCGGUUGUCGAACGAUAACGACGAGAAGUCAGAGUUGAGUGAACUAACUGAGAGCUGCGAGCCGCCUCCGGGACUUCCAAUGCAGCAACCACUCUCAGCCAUGGAUCUAUCAUCGCCCUCAGCAUCGCGUCUCUUUAACAUCAAUGGCGGCUCAGCGCUGCCGAAACAAAUGGAUCGCCUGCCUAUGCUCGGCAUACCCAUGCCACCAAGUCUGCUACUAAUGACGGCGGCCCGUGAAGAGAUGCAAGCUCUAGGCCAGGCGCAUGCCAAGUUUCCGCUGCUACCGUUUGGAACGCUUGGAUUCAUGGGCCUACAUCCACCCCCAAAUAUGUGCAAUCUCUGCUUCAAGAUGCUCCCCGGCCUUGCGGCUCUUGAGAGUCAUCUACAGAGCGAACAUCCCAAAGAGUCUGCCGGAAAAAUUCCACGACUCCAAUGCGGCGAUAGCGCUAACCCAACGCCUUUAAAUGCAAAGCCCCUGGCGCUGGCCCCCUGCGAGAAAUUGGACGAGCGGUCGACCUCGGCCGAGCGACAAACGUCAUUAGAAUGUGGUGCGGCCAUUAAAGAGGAACCCGCUGCGGACUGCAUUGAGUCUAAUGCGUUGGUCGACGAAGGCGGGAGCUGUGAUGGCAACAAAGGCAGCACCUAUCCAUCGCAGGAUGCCGCCGAUGCAGAGCAGUCCUUGAUGAAGAUGCAGCUGCAUGCGCACCGUUUUCCCGCCAGCCCGCUCGACUUCCAGCAGGCGUUGAUGUCCGCGGGACCGCCCACCUCCAGCCUGGAUCCGCCUGUAAAUAACAAACACUUCUGCCAUGUCUGCCGCAGAAAUUUUAGCUCCAGCUCAGCCCUGCAGAUUCACAUGCGCACACACACCGGAGACAAGCCCUUUCAAUGCAACGUUUGCCAGAAGGCCUUUACCACAAAGGGCAACCUGAAGGUGCACAUGGGAACCCAUAUGUGGACGAACCCCACAUCGAGGCGCGGCAGACGCAUGUCUUUGGAGUUGCCGAUACAUGCGCGACCCGGUCACGGCGGUCCUCCGGGAUUGCCAACAUCCGAGCAGGAAUUUAUGCAGCGACGUCCUGAGCUCUUCUUUCCCUACUUGCCGCCCUUCUUUAAUGGACUGCCGCCGAAGACCGGGGAACGAAGUCCAGAAAUGUUCCCAAACAUACCACCACCCGGCCUCUUGGGGUUUCCUAGCUUUCUGGGCGCCCAGCAGCACUACAAUCUGACCCAUGCGGUCCAAAUGGGACGGCGCAGUAGCAGCAAAUCACCGCCCACUCAUUCGGCCUCGCCGGACUCUGGCACAAGGACUGCAAUGAGUCCGCUACACGAAGACGGCAUUUGGCAUCCUCUGAGUCGCAUCAAGACAGAGAACAAUCAAGCCGACAGCAUCCAGCCGAUGACUCCACAUGCGGGCGAUGAUGAGCCGGAAAAGGAGCAGGAUGAGGGGGAUGCGGCGGUAGCAGUGGCCGAGAAGUAAUGGCACCUGGGUGCACCGAAACGGAAACAUGGUUUUUGUAAAGUACAUAUCUUGAGCAUAACACUACGCUAAGCUUGAUCCAGCCAUCCUGGCGCUUAAGUAUACAACACGAAUAUAUACUCUGUGUCUAUAAAAUAAAUAGCGAUUUCGAAGGCAUUUAAAUGCAUUAUGGCUAGGCAUUAAGUUGUAAAAAAAAAAACAAAAGAAACGAAAACAAACGGAAGUAAAAAGACGGUGAGAAGCAUUGUGUCGGCUCGGCUGGCUUGGCUUGGCUUGGCAUUGGCCCAUCCUGAUCAAGCACUUAAAUUUAGAGCGCAAGCUAAGUUAAACAUUUAACUAAUUUUAUGGCUAUAACUAAUUAUUUACAUAUAAUGAUACAUACGCGUAAUGUGAACUGUGGUAGUUGCUUAAAAAUACAAAUAAAAAUAAAACCCAAAUUCGAAAGAUCAAAAUAAAAUGAGCGAACAAAUUAAAAA